AUGUCAGAGCUUAUGCACAAUCCUGACACAAUGGCUAAAGCACAACACGAAGUACGUGAGGUACUUGGUAAAGACCGAGGUGUCAUUAAUAACAAUGACCUUUCUGAACUCCACUAUAUGAGAAUGGUCAUCAAUGAGGCCCUUAGGUUGCAUCCACCUGGUCCUCUUGUCCACCGCAUGGCCAGAGAUGAUUGUACACUUAUGGGUUAUGACAUCCCUAAAGGCACCAAUGUGUUCAUUAAUGUUUUUGAAAUUUCUCAAGAUCCUAGACAUUGGGACAAUCCUAAAGAGUUUAGGCCAGAGAGAUUUGAGAACAACGACGUAAACUACAAGGGGACACGCUUUGAGUUCAUUCCCUUCGGGACUAGGCGACGACAAUGCCCUGGGAUUCAUUUCAGCUCGUCGGUCACUGAGAUGGUAUUAGCAAAUUUCCUAUAUCACUUCGAGUGGAUGCUCCCUGACGGGGAUAAACUUUCUUCAUUUGACAUGUCUGAGAAAUUUGGCCUUACGGUAGCAUAA